CCCGGUUGACUGGCCACAUUCCACACCUGAAUACACCUCUCUUGUAUAUGUUUUAAUGUUUUUAUUAAUGUUACAAGCUGCUGUGUGUGUAUCUGUAUGUGUGUGUGCGCGCCUUUCAUGUUUGCUAUUUACAUGCCACCUUAACCUGUAGCCUUCUGCAUGUUGUCUGUGCCAUUUCUUUAAUUCCUUGUAUGACAUGAAAUAUGUGAAAUUUCUUGUAGUCACAUGCCAACAAAUUCGACUCAGCACACGCACGCGUGCACGUAUACUCACAUCGCCGCACGCACGCGCGCACACACGUAGCCACCAGACCACCCCAAGCAAUGCUGUGCCACUCAGCCUCCAUUCAUUAUUACCGUGUUAUACCUUAGUAAUUAGGUGGCAGUAAGAUAAAACAGCUAAUUAGGUCAAUGGGAUGAAGUGUCCACUACACACUGAUCAAGGAGCAGUUCAGCCACUGCUGUUCACGCUCUUUAGUUCAAAUGUGUUUUUCUCCUGGGGUGGACCUCCUGUAUCUUCACUGACAUUGAUAGUCCAUCACAUAGCAUCACAGUCUCUGACAUGCAGCAGGCAGAUGGUUGUUACUUCCUCAGCCUGUCAUGGGUUAUGUCACAUUUAACUGGGAGAAUUCUUGAAAGAUUUUUUUAUUUGGAUGUGGUGUUUUUAUUUCUGUCAGCUCUGGUAGGGUUACAGAGGCUAGAGAGGGAUGAAUGUGUCAUGGAUGAGGCCAAGUGCUUGGAAGUUGCAAGCCGAGGCGGGCUCAGCGUGCGAGAGAGCGUGUUUCAUUUGUGACUUUGCAUUCAUUCUUGAUCUACACAUGCCACCAUAGUUACCAGUUGAGAGAUGCCAGUGUCCAUACAAAUGUAGCUUCCACGUUGCAUCCAGUGUAAGAGCCAGCGCUCCUCCACUUCGCUACACGCAUCUAUCAAUAGCUGAUUGGUUUCACGUGGCUCGAAGGUGGCUGUCAGAGACAGUGUGGCCAAAAGUGACUGGCCAUGCUUUGGCUGUGUGGAGGAAGGUGAGGGCUGCAAGUAACUGGCAAUACCCCACUGUUAUCAGCAGCACCCAGAAACCUCAAUCACAACCACAGCACCGGAACAUAAACAGACAAGCCUCAAUGAGUCAGGGGAAAGUGUGGAAAAUGGUCAGGUGUCUGGGAUAUGUGGGAAUGAAGGUGUAGAAAUGAGCGCUGGAUAAAAAAGAAGAACCAAGGGCACGAGAAGAGAGGCAAUUGUAAGAGAAGUGCGUGACUAGGUGGAAAGAAAUGGGUUUGAGGGAUGGAUAAUAGAAGUGAUUCAGGCUCGGAUGGAACCAUCGAUCUUGUCUUGUUAACAGGUUUGUGGGAGUCGAAACUCCGGCAGCGUUUUUUGUGGCGUAAAAGUAUGAAGCAGGCUAUUAACCCCACCCCCCACCCCCUCUCUAUUAGGUAAUGAGAUGCCCAUGCCACCUUUAAAUUAAAGCAUGAGAAAUCGAUUAGGUGUAUCCCCUUCUGAGCUGGAUACCUCGGGUCGAAAUAGGAUCACAGAGAAAGGGGAGGAGGGAAUGUGAACGGGAUCCAAGGACAAAUCUAACUGUUGGCAGGCUCUCUUAGCAGAAUAUCAGCACUGGAGCACCUUUUGGCAGAGCGCGCAGAAAAAAGAGAGAGAGAGAGAGAGAGAGAGAGGAGAGACGGAGGAAGAGAGGGAGAGGUAGGAGGUGGAGGGUAAGGGAAAGAAGAGGUAGCACAGAGAGGAGGGGAGAAAACAGAGGUUGGGGGAGGUGGGGGUGUGGGGGGUGAGGUGAAAGGGAAGGAGGAAGACAGUUGGGGAGCAGGGGAGGUGUUUUUGCUGACAGCCAUUUUGUGGCUUCUGCUGCAGUUAAAAUGGUUUAACAUUCAUCUGCUUCUGCAGGGUAGUUAGGUGAGGAUGGUUUUAGUGCUACCUGGCAUAUGGCUCAUCCAGGAGGAGUGUGUGCGUGCGGGACUGCACGGGGGAGCGGCUGCAAGCCCAUCAUUUUCUAUUAUGGCUGUUCCGCACAUGGUACUUUAUGGUUGUACCUCUAGCUGCCCUAUAGCUGAACACAUGCAUGAGCCAUCCAUGCUGAACCUGAAAGGGCGAGGAAAGGUUUUAUUCUGCAUAUCCAAAUAGAAGUUCCCUAAAAAAAAAAAAAGCUCCUUGAUGUAGACAGGAUAAAAAAGAUGGCUUCCUUCACCUUGCUCUGCACUGAGGCAGGGGACUAAUAGACUUCCAGUUUGAAUACUCAUACUCGUGCCCACUGGGUUUGGAAGUGCUAGAAAGCUGGGGCCAUUCCUUUUGAUUUGUCUCCAACCAAAGAUUGGAUCCUUCUAGAAACAUUGGUUUACAUGAUUGCCCCUUCACUAGAGGGCAGGAAUAAAAGAGAAAAAGAGAUAAAUGAAAAAUGAAAAUGGCAGACAGACAAUGUUCAUCAUCCCUCUGAGAUACUCAUCUACAGCCAGGGAUGGCCGAGCCCCUACUACACUCUCACAUCAAAGAAAAGGAGAGAGAGAGAGAGAGAGAGAGAGAGGGGAAAAAAAGACUCUUCACCUUGUGCAAUCACACGGGCGUUUGGUGUGCUUGUGGAUGUGUGAAUGUGUGAGCCUGUGUGUGUGUGUGUGUGUGAGAGUGCGCAUCUGUCUGUGUGUGCAUGAGCUAUUUGUGAGUCCACCUCAGGCACUGGGCUGCUGGGUAUGCAGCCUUAAAAGGUUGUGUUUCUGCUGCCAUCCCUCUCUCUCUCCCUCUCUCUGUGUGUUUCUCGCUCACACCCAGACUCUUCCCCUACCUCUGUUUUGUCUCUGUGUCUGUAUCAUUCAGUGUCUCUGUCCUGUCCAUCUGUAUUCCAUUAUUGAUGCUUUAUCAUAAUUGUUUUUCAAAGGACGAGGUGAAAUGUUGGAGGAGCGUCUCAUUCACAGCCUUUCGCAUCCAGCACAGGGAAUGACCUUAUGCUAUUUGAGAGGGAAGCUGGUUAGCGCUGGCAGUUUUGAGAACAUAAUAAAGCUAUUUAUGCAGUGAGUCUGGCCUCUCACAAUCACCCUGCUGUCUGAGGCUAGUCGAGGUGUGUAUGUGUGUGUGUGUGUGUCAGUGUGUUUGUGUGUGUAAGAGUGAGAGAGGAGAGAGAGAGAGCGAGAGAGAGGAGACAGUGAGGCUCAGGCUAGCUAGGCGAGGGAGGCCCGAGGAGGGGUCAGUCUUACAUAAACUCUCAGCCUGUCUGCCAGUAACAGAGAACUAACACAGCUUAGGGCACCGAGCAGGGAGGGAGGAGGAAUAGUCAUGACCCAGCUAAGUAGUUUACACAGUAAUGGCCCAGAAUGAAGGUUGUGCUGAUGUAUGACGCCAUUUUGUUGUCAUACUGGGUUGUAGUUGUGAGGGGGAUCUGAGUCUUAAAAGCACCACCCAAUGUGGAUAAGUUUCUUUUUGAUGUGUGUGCGUAUGUGUGUGUGUCUAUAUGUGUGUGAUGUUGUAGCUGGCAGCUGUCUUUUUUUCCUGUCAUUGUCCACAGUCACAUGACAGACAGGGUGGCUUUCACACAUGCCAUUAGGGCGAGUCACCAAGCUGACAUUAGGGACUGGGAGGAUCCUGGAGGACCAAACAGGGUCAUGUGGGCACUGUGCGAUCAGGCUGGGACCAAGCCCGGACUCGUUGUCUUUCUUUUGGUUAUCCCCAUAAAACUUUGAAUACUUUAAAAGUUAUUGAAGGACCGCAGUGGUGGUUUUGCAUGUUUCAGCCCAUUAAAUGCAAAUCGCCUUUUGCUGUACAUUACUGCUGACCAUUUUCCAGAAUAUAUCAUAAGUUUUUGGACUCAUUUCCCAAACUUCCAGGCAGCCGGGACUGGGAUCAUUCAUUUUAAUGGGGUGUGAAAAUCAUCUUUCAGAGACUUUUCUGAGAUAGGUAAUCCAUCAAACUGAAUUUUAAACUCUUUAUUAUCAGUGUCAGUGUUACUUAUUGAUAUAACCCUUGUUGUUGUGUGGUGGUGCAGUAAGAAAGAAUGUUUUAAAGAGUCUUUUUUAUUGGAAGUGUUAAAGGAGGCUUUGACACUGGAGAUUUCACAUUGCCAAAAAGCUUUUUGAGCAAACUCAAAUUACAGUGUAAAAAGGAUAAUGGGAAUUGAUAGUUUCAUGUAUUAAAUAGGUUGUGGCUGGGCAGCUAAGAUUAAAGGUCUCAGCUUUGGAAAAUAUCUUGAAGGCAACAACAAGAAAUCAUUUUCAGAAGAGUCCCUCCUUGUGUCAAGAUACAUAUUACCAUGUAAUAUUCGUAUAACCACGUAUUACCAUGUAAAAAAUAAUGUACCUUUGACACAAAAAUUGGAAAAUGGCUGGCAGCAUAAGCUCAGCCAUAAGUGAUCUGGAGUUCAAAAGCUCAAACAUGCAAAACCACCGUUAUGGUCCUUUAAGUCUUUUUCAUACUUCACCACCAUGAAGCUACCAAAACCUACAUCAGUAUCCCUUAUGAGCCGUCUUUGAAAGACUGUGGUUUCAGAUUGGCAAACCUUUUGGCUAAAGAGAAGGUUCACUGAAACAAGCCUUUUCAUUUUUAUUUAAUGUAGCGAAUGCAGUAGAAAAUAAAAUGCCCUUUGACCACCGGGUAGGACAGUGUUUGUGUGCAAUCUCACACUGACGAGUUUGUUGAAAUACCGCUGUGGAUUAUGAUUAUUCAAUCACACUGUAAGCAUGUGCUGUGAGGCCUGUUGGGUAUUAUGAUGGGGAUCAGCUGUUAGUACAGUAGCGUGGGCUGGUACAGGAGUGCACACAGAGAAAACGUACGCACACAAGCACACACAUACAGUAGAUAGUGUAAAAUGCCUACAGUAACCGUGUCAGAGAGUGUAUUAGCAGGGGGUAGGAGGUGGGUAAUUCUCAGUGUAUGCUGUAAACCUUUUGUGCUCUUAGGUCACUGUAAGUCUGCAGCAAGCAGUAAGCUUUCACUUGAGUCAUGUCCGCAGGUAGUGGUCUAGACUGGGUUCACAUCAGUGUAAAUGGUGUCAGUCGAAGCUCAGUGUGUGUGAGACAGCAUUCCCCACUUCCAGCUCAGUCAUGCCUCAUGUCAUAUUGACUGAUGGGAUUCCCUGGAGCUGUAGUGAGAAGUGUAGUCCAGUGUUUGUUUUGGUUGCUUUCUGUUUAUACGCCUGUGUGUAAGUGAGCCUGCGUAAGUGCAUAUGUGCGUAUGUGUGUUAGCGUAAGUAUGUGACAUAUAUCUGCGCCUGCAUGUGUAAUGAUCCACAAAAUGAAGACCUGAAUCCUCUGAGCAAUGGCUACCGCAACCUCUUCUCUCGAGAGCAGAAAUACUGUAGUGACAGGGGUGCAGAAGUGUACUCGGUGACAGCAACACUGUCAUUUGUGUGUGUAUUUAUGUGCAUAAGUGUAUAGAGUUUUUCGUGCAUGUGCGCAGCAAUGCCGCUGCAUGCGUGUGUAAAACAGUUCAGACGCUGGUUUUUCCAGACCAGCUCGUAAACCACAUCUGGGGAAAGAAUUUAGAUUCCUUCCCUCCGUCUUUCUCUGCUCCCUUCUCUUUUCCCCCUGUGUGAUUCCCUCCCUUCUUCCCAGCUCUAGUGAAAAGAGAGGGAGAGAGAGAGAGAGAGAGAGAGAGAGAAAAAAAACAGAAGUCAGCUUCUUUCAUUUUUUUUCUGUCUUGUGUCCUCAGGCUAACUUCAGCCUGGUUUUAGAGCAGAGAAGAGGAAUGUCUUAUUUUGCACUGAUCACUCUCGUGUCUGUGCGGCUCUGCUUCAGAUCUGUCGUGGGGAUAGAACGAGGGACGAAACGAGGGAGGGAAGAUUAGCAAAGAACUGUCCCUGGCUUCGCUGUGUUCCUGUGGGACAACCAACCCAACCCCAGUAGCUGAUUGACAACAACCAGCCAGCCGGACAGACUACUGUUCUCUAGCUUCCUAUUGGCUGGCCGCCACAGCUUCCCCCCAUCCUGACUGGCUCUGGCGGGAGUGUGGAUGGAGCCAAGGGAUCUGGUUGGCUCGGCCCGACCCAAAGAGGUGGAGUUACAGGGAGGCAGGGUGGGGCCAAAUGAAGAGGACCAGGAAGGAGCAGGGGGCAUCGGUUUGGUGCGCGGCGACGAUGUGAUUAACGGUGCCAUCAGCGAAGGGGAGGGGCUAGAGGAGCAGGGGGAGGGGCUUCUGGAGGAACAGGAGUUCUCCAUCAAGGAAGCGAGUUUCCAGGAAGGAAGUCUAAAGCUGAAGAUCCAGACCACCAAGCGCACCAAGAAGCCCCCUAAGAGCCUUGAGAACUACAUUUGCCCGCCAGAGAUCAGGAUGACCAUCCGGCCUCCGGUUGGAGAGGGCAAAGCGGGGCGGCAGGGACGAAUGGGAAGUGGGGCUGGGGCUGGGCGGGGCCAGAAGGAGGAAGAACGAGGACCCCCCAGAAAGAGGACAUACGAGCGCCAGUUCAGAAUGCCUGAGCAGAGAGAGGGAGGCCUGCUGCAACUACUGGGAGAUCACACUCCGCCCAAACACCAGCUUCGCGGCUCCCUCCUUCCUGCGCACACGCUUUCACACACACAGCAGACACAGCACACCCUGGCGCAACAAUUCCAACACACCCAUGCGCACCAACACCAAAUCAAUCCAGACUGGAUCGUGUCUACAGCACCUUCUGCGUCCCCGGCCAAUCCUGCAGAUUCUGAGCCAGCCAGAGAACUGGCGGGAGCCAGCAGGAGCUUGCUGCUCGAUCCAACCCAGCCAUUCUCGCGGACGGCGACACGGAGCCCCUCGCCUCAGAGAUCCCUGACUCCAGACCUGCAGUUGCCAGUGGUUACAGAUGCCAGUAUUCUCAACCUGACCUCUCUCAGCAGGGGGAGGGGUUUGCAAGAGGUCAGCGAACAGCUCUUUGGGAACAUCAAGAGGAAGUACGGCAGGAAAGACUCUCAGAGGAUGCUCUGUAACCCCCACAGUGCUGAUUCACCUUGGGGAAGACAGACAGACAGAGGAUCGGAGAGCCCGACUAAUUCAGAGGAGAGGCAGAAGUACAGACAAGAGGAGACAGCUGAGCGGUUCCACGAAGAAAGAGAGGAAAGGAGAAAAGAGGAGAGAGAGCGAGCUAUUGCUGGGAGGAGAGGAGAUGAAGAGGACAGAGGGAUGCACAUGCUGACAGAAGAAGGCAAAGGAAGAAAGAGGCGGAGGAGGCCUUCUUUUGACGAGUCAUUUUCUGUAGAGGAGCAAUCACAGCAGCGGCAGGACUCUGACACUACAGAAAAGCACCAGCCAGGGCCCCCAGAACCCAAAGUAGCACAUAAGAUGGAGAGUCACAAAAAUGAUUCUCGACUCACAAGUCAGGCUGAUGUCAGUGGAGAGAGGAUAGAAAAAGCAGAGAGGGCAGAUAAAGGCGAUAAAAGAGAAAAAGGAGAGAGGGCAGACAGGGCAGAAAGAGGAGACACAGUUACAAGUGGGCCUGACCCAGAGUCAGCUUUGAGUGCAAACAGAAUGAAAAAGAACCCUGUGGGUCGUCCUAAGAUCAGCACAGACACCCUUAAACACAGAGAGUCUACUCACAGUCUCAUCAACAAACCCAGUCUUAACACAAACCCAAGACUCCCUAGCCCAAAUCCCAGCCCCAGCCCCAGGAGUAGCAUCAGUCCCAGCCCCAGCCCUAAACCCAGGUCUAACAUUAGCCCCAGUCCCAGCCCUAGACCCAGGGUGGCCCUGAGUCCCAGCCCCAGCCACAGCACCAGCUCCACAGCCAGUUCCAGACCAACCAAGGCUAAGGACAGGUGGUCUUACCUGAAAGCUAAAAGCCAUGCCAGCCUCACACCACCCCAGAGGGACAACCGGGGUGUCCCACAGACCCUAACUGACCCGCCUUCAGCCUUCCCCAUCACCCCCUCCAGCCCGCUUUACACCAACACUGACAGCCUGACCGUCCACACGCCCAUCAAGAGGAAACGAGGACGGCCCAAGAAACAGCCGCUCCUAACCGUGGAGACCAUCCAUGAAGGCACCUCCACUUCUCCUCCAAGCCCACUAGCACAGGAGAUGUCUGCGGGGCUAAAUCGCAGGAGGAAGACGCACACACUUAACACAAUAAUGCAAAUGGCAUCCACGACCACCGGCCCCAACUCUAACGGUCUGAAACUGAAGCGUGGCAGGGGUCAUUCCAGGCCAAUGAAUAAGAUGAAGCUUGGGAAAAUGCAGACUAUCCUGAAUGAGAUCCUUUCAGGUUCCAGUCAGAAUGGCAGCCUGUCUCUGAAGUCGUCUUCUGUCCCCGUUACCUCAGCUAUGAGCGCCAUGGCAUCCACCAUCGAGGCUCGGCUGGGAAAGCAGAUAAACGUCAGCAAGAGAGGAACCAUCUACAUUGGUAAGAAAAGAGGGCGGAAACCUAGAGCAGAAACCCAAGGCUCCAACCCUCCCAAAACCACUAGGGACAAGCCCCCCCUGUCUGUUUCCUCAACCAGUCUCUAUGAGAGCCCUGUAGUGCCUUCCACCACCUCGUCUCCCAGCUCCAGCGCUCCAUCCAUAAGAGCCAGCCACUCUGACGCCACUAUGCCCAGUUUGCAGCCCAUCUCGGCCCUGCCCUCCAAGCCGCCAAGCAGGGGCUUCCUCUCUGGGGGGUGGAAGCUGUCUCCUCCACGUCUUCUGGCUAAUUCACCCUCCCACCUGUCAGAGGGAGCAUCAGUGAAGGAGGUGACCCUGUCCCCCAUCAGUGAGUCCCACAGUGAGGAGACUAUUCCCAGUGACAGCGGGAUUGGGACAGACAACAACAGCACCUCAGAUCAAACUGAGAAGGGUCCAGCCUCUCGACGCAGGUACUCAUUUGAUCUGUGUGGGUUUGAGGCCACGGAGGCAGCAGCUCUGGAGGCAUCCAACAGAGGCAGCAGAACACAAUGUGAACGACAAGUGACUGCUGUUGACAACUUCCUAUCACAGCAGGAAAAGAAGCAAAAACACCAUCGGCGGAAGAGGAAGUGCCUACAGAGCCGGGAUCAUCUUCACUUUCUCUCUGAACUGGAGGAGGUUGUGUUAAAGCUCCAGCAGCUACGAGUAUCUCACAGGCGAUACACCUGCUACCCCCAGCACCCAUAUCCCUCCAUUUUCCGCCUCAACUUCCAUCAUUAUUACCCAGUUACCUACGACUCCUACCCCUGUGACUCCAGCUCGUACCUCCGCAGGAGUGCUGAUCUGAAGGCUAAGAGGAGGCGCGGCCGUCCAGCCAAAGCCAGCGAGCCAAUCACAUCGAAGCUGCCUUUUGUUCAAGGAUAUGGUUAUCCGCUGGCAGGGGGAAAUUUCUAUGCAGCACCGUAUGCGAUGCCUUACGCACCUCCUCUGAGUCUGGGCUACUUUCCCCCUGCUCCCCCGUUUUACCUGCCCCACCACUCGCUAGGACCUGCACCUCCAUCUCCCUUCAUGAGGCCUGCUGUGCCCCCUCCCAAGGCUUUCCACUCCGGCGGACACUCCAAGCUCCAGCCAGGGGCCAAGCUUCGCAGUGCUACUGGCCCACUGCAGGGGCCUUCUGUAAGAGGAGAGGGCCUCGGAUCCCUGGGCAACGGCAGUGCAGGUGGUCUCGCAGGGGUUCGCCUCCAUAAGAGGAAGCACAAGCACAAACAUAAGCACAAGGAUGAACCCCUCCUUUCACCACGAGACCGGCAGGAGUUGGGCGGGCUCUUCAGCGGAGCUAAGACCACUGCACGUCUCAGCAUGCUGAAUGACAGGAGGGACUUGGCCAGUCAGGGCUCUUCAAAGCAUCUGGAGAAGCAGAGGGGUAGCAGCAGAGGCUCAAGCCUGGGAUCCAGCUUAGGCAUGUUUGAGUCGGACCAGCUGUCCUCGCGCUCUCUCGCUGACAGCCAGUUCCACUCCCGUCAGACUGGACAGCCAAUAAACAGCUUCAUGAGCAGCUACAGUAGCCAAUCGCAGCGGUCAGAGUCAGCUUCUGACCUCUUUUUGGGGUCACGGGAGGACGAGCGCGGCGGGAGGAGCAGGAAGACGAGGCUCGCUGUGUUUGGAGAUCAGGGCUUAAUGUCAUUCCAAACUGCCAGGCAGGAGCCAGGACAGAUGAACAAGUGCUCCAGUCCCUCCCUCGCUGGUGUUCCCAGUAAGCGGAGGUAUAAACGUCGUGAGGUGGAACAGAUCCAGAAGGAUGUCAGGAGAAUGCAUUCUUUGAACUUUGAGCAUGUGCAGAAGAUCCUCCGUGCCAAGCGCCUGCAGCGACAAGCCAAAACAGGAAACAAUGUCAUCAAAAGACGGCCUGGGCGGCCCCGAAAACAACCCCUAGAGGAAUCAGUGCAGACCAGCAGGAGGGAGGAAGCCCGGGCUGAUGGUCUGGGUUUGGACAUGUUGGUCAGUAGGAGAGGUGACGGGAGGACUCUGGGGAUGCCCGUCCUGGAGAGGUGUGACGACCUGCCAGGUAGGCAGAUCCUCAGGCCAAACUUGACUCCCGAGCCUCUGGAGUUCUCCAAUCAUGAUUCCAUCUCAGCAACGAUCGAGACCGUGGUGCAUCAAGCGCGGUCGGUGGCUCCGCUGGCCAAAGGGGGGAAGCGCAGAGGCAGGGGCCACAGCAGGGACGAAUUAUGGGCUCCCUCUGGUCAAUAGACCCGCAGGAGAGAGAGCGACUCCGUGGCCGAACGGAGAGCAGUCAAUGGAGUCAGUGCUGUUUCAAGCCUAUCAGAUGCAGUGCCCUUAAUUUUGGGACUCCUCGGUGCACUUUGACUUGUUUCUUCUCUCUGAUUUGUUGUGAGGACUACAGUGGGUCAGUGGAGAAGCAGGAGAAGGGAACACCUCUGGUGCCACCCCUUUGUUUGCUAAACCCAACCAGACAUGAGCCUUUCAAGGAUUCGUUGGACCUUCAUUUUCAAUGGCACUAUAUGGUACUAUUUGAUACUGAAUCAGAUGCUAUAAAAGUGUGUGGUACUUAUGAUAGUGUAGGAUAUUAUGUGAUUCUUUAUGUAUCUGAUACAGUGAUGUGGGAAACCAGCUCAUAGACAUGUACUGGCAUACAGUAUAUCAAAUAGAAUUGUUGUACCAUAGACAAUGAAAGUUGUGUAUUGUUUUAUAACCAAAAACAGACGUGGGUGCGACUCAAGACAAGUUUGUUUUCAGACAGAAAGAACCACAUGUAUUCAUUCAUACACUCAUUAUUGUGUUUAUAUCCAGGGGGCAUUGCAUACAGGAGAAAUAUCAGGUGUGUUUUCGGUAAACCUUAAAAUUGGUUUAAUGCACUAUGAAAAAAACCAUACACUUGCAUCAAUCAAAUGCAGCACUUACAUGCUUGUUCCAGCCUUAUGUUUUGGCCUUCGAUGGUGUGGAUAUCCAUUCCAGAGAGCAUGCAUUAUUUUAAUCAAUUUGUAUAUGCAGGCUGCGCAGCCAAAAGCGUCUAACCGAAGCCCCGGUCUGAAUCGUGAUUGGACAGUUCAGCAGAAGAGGGCUCUCAGUCAGUGUUUUGAAAAGCUAAUCCCAGUCUUUCUACUUAACAUGAUUUUCCAUCCAUAUCCUUGGAAAUAUUUUUGGAAAGUAAAUCUAGUAUUUAGGUUUAGAAACCAAAGUCUCAGUAUUCAGUGUAAGGAUGUAUUAUUUAAAAGAAUCUAAAUCAGAGUUUGACAAACUCUCCACCAUGUUGGCACCAAUGUCAAGCAUUCCUAUGUGCACUCUAGAAUGUAGCCAUCUUGGAUUUUUUUGUGUCAAUAUGUUAAGCCUUUGUUAAACUCUCUAUACGGUAUCUGUGGCUUUGGGUAGUGGUUGGUAUUUUCUCAAAUAAGUAUUUCAGAAUUAAGCAAUGGAUCAGUGUUUCUUUGGCAACUCUGUUAAAAGUUUCAUUUCAGGAGAUUCUGUUUUCUUUGGGUGGGGUGGGAAUCUCAGUUGCAGCGGUUCAACUUGUGCCUUAUGUUUCUUUCUCUCACCAAUUUACAUUUGACCUGAGAAAUAUCAAGUGGCAAAGAGUGCCCCUAGAAGUUGACCCAAAACAUUCAUGAUUGUGCAUAUGACGCAUGUGUCUUAGUCAUCAGAACCCUGACACUGCCUGUGUCCCUUCACAGCUUCCAUAGUCAGCAUCCUCUGUCACCGGGCACUGAGUCGCUCAGCUGCCUUCUAGUUUUCUGACUGACAUCUUCACCGCAUAACUAGAAGGAGCUGGACUGAUGGAGAUAAUAUGAUAUUACUGUAUUAAAUACACAUCAUGUACUGGCCUACACACUGCUUCACAGCAGUAGUGGAAACAGAAAGGUCCACUGUAUCAGAUGUGUUUCUAUCCAGUGGUAUUGAUUGUACUCAAUGCCCCAGAUAUAUAAUUGAAGAUCACUUGCUCUGCCUAGUGUAUAACCAGUUAUUUACAACAUGCAACUUAUUACAUACUAGGCAGAGAAGGAACAGAGGAGGUUGUCAUGGAAACCACAUUCUCGUACAUUGUUGUUUGCUAUGCAUCAGGCCAUGCCUGGCAAUGACCUUAAAAGGAAUUUCUGUUCUGGGUCCACCCUUCAACAAAGAGAAAUAAGUGGUCUUAUUUACUGAAUAAAAUGAAUUCAUGUAACAAGAAUUGUGAAUAAUACCAGUAAUAAUUUGUAAUAAGUUGUGCAGAAAGUGACUAUCAUUUCAUGAAAACUAUAGUUACUGCAACUCUAUGCAGUACAGCCUUAACCAGAUGUAAAACUACAGUAUUGAAGUGUUUGUUGUAAAUAGUGUUAGUAUGUCCAUCCUGCAUGGAUACCUGUUGGGCUCGGCUAUGCUGGGACUGUCUCCCUAAAACCACAGUAGACCUUCUCUCUCUAUAUUAAGACUGCUCAAGACCCAAGAAAACACACAGAAAUUAUUGCCAAAAUUGAUUUUCCUAUUCGACAAAUUCUGCUGUACAUUAUUCCAGUCCCUUAAAUUACACAGAAUGCUAAAAUAAUUUGCCUUAUCACACCUUUUAAACAGUUUUUGGAGGAUACAAACCCCACUGUAGUGCACUCGCCAAAAAUAGGAAUCCCCACUGACUUGUAGCUGUAUUGCCUGCAGCCAGUUGGGGCAGUGCGGUAGCAUGAAGAGUAAGCAAGAAGGUUGUGUGUGUGGGGGGAGUUCUCAGAGGAAAUAGCCAAAAAUACACUCGUCCUAACGUCAGCAUGCUUAACCUUGCUUUGCUAGAUGACUUUCCGUGGGUCUGCAGUCUGUUGUGGUGAAGAUGAGGUCUAGAUUUGUGGUCCAUGAUGUGUAGAGACUAAACGCUUGGCAGCUUACUCCUCCAUACUGUGGUCAGUCAGUGGUCUCUGAUGUAAGAGUUAAAGACCCCAGGUGUUGUCUGUCCUGUCUGUCUCUCCUUACCAGCCAAUGCUCCGGUGCCUUCUAACACUGACAAGUAUUGUCCUAAUCCAGAGCUUUCACUCUACACAGAGACUGCAGAGGGGAUGUGGCUGUGAAUAGGGUUCAAGGUCACUGUUGUUGUAUUGUAUUUAGCAGGCAAUCUGGACCAGUGGCUACAGGAGGCCCCCCAAACACUGACGUAAGGAUCUUUUACCUUGUCUUUGGUGCUAGCAUCAAGGGCAGUGCAGCAGUGUUUGACCUUAAAUCAGUGGUUGGGGGCGUAUGUACUGUAGUCCACAUUUACCAGCUCCCUACAGCAACUAGGAUGAGAUAUAAUGGCACCUAAAUUUUGAUCACCCCCCCACCCCCCAUUCCCUAUGUAGCAUGCUGUGAUGAGUGUCCUACAAAUGGAGUGAGGGGUCAUGUGAGACAGAGCCUCAUAAAUGUACAUGUAGUCAUCCUCACAGCAUACGUUACAGUUCUAAGCUAUAAUGUUGUUCAAAGCUGAAAGUGCAGAUGAAGCAUUGAGAAAACCAAUAAAUGUACUUCUUUAGAGCACAAAGUGAGCUCUUCUAACAGUGUGGGCAUAUUUUAGUUUGUAUACAUAGUGUAUUUGAACCUUUUUCUAGAGUGGGUUUCCUUUAUUUGCAUGCUCAACUUGAUUGUAUGCAUAAAUAUUUUAGACAAGCCGAAAGUUGAAUUUCAAUUGAAUUUGGAGCAAGACUUGUACAUUGUUUGAUAUGUUUCUUUUUGUAAUGAAUUUUUUAAUUCAUGAAGCAUUUUUGUACAUUGUAUGAAUAUUAAAAACUGCAAAUAUUUGACAUAUAGAGUAAAUACUAGAUGCGCAUGCAUAUGCAUAUAUCCUUCACAGUAUGUAUGUGUAAAUGUACACAUAUAUUUUGUAUUUGCAUUUGCUGGCAUACAGAUAUAUGUCUUAAGCACAUAUAUACAUGCAAUAUAUAUGUAUAUCCAUGUCCGCUGGCAUGCUUUUGGUCAUGUUUAUCUUCCAUGAUCUUGUAGGUUCUUUUUUUCUUUUUUUUUUUUUAAUUUCUCUUUCUUCAGAAAGAAAAGCUCAUUCUUUUGCUACCCUUAUGUUGGCUGGCAGCGUUGAGCACUUAUUAAGAAGAACUACAGUUGAAGUUGUUCAUGUUAUCCAUUGUGUGAAAUAAUAAAUGACUUUAUUGACAGCU